AUGGCCAUCUUGGAACCUAAGUUAAAAAGUGUUGGACCAAAAUUAGUGCCAUUCUUCAAGACUGUUGCUGUGUAUUUUGUAUUAGCCAUUCCUGGUGAUAAUCCAUCCUGGUUUGCUUGUCUUAUCAAAUGCUUACCGGUUGGAUGGUUAUGUAUAUUUGUUAUUCUACAUGGAAUGAGUCUAGAUGAAAAACAUACAUACUCUAGAAGAAUUUUAACUGGAUUAAUAUUUUCUUGUUUUGGAGAUCUCCUUCUAAUUUGGCCAUGCUACUUUAUUUGGGGAAUGUUAUCAUUUGCAAUAGCUCAUGUUUUGUAUAUACUUGCAUUUGGAAUGUCACCUCUGAAUCCAAUUGCUGGAUUAGUAUGUAUUAGUCUGGGCACUACUGCCACUUACAUCAUGUAUCCUGGAAUGAGUGGUUUAUACUCAGUACUGGUACCCGUUUAUAUAUAUUUAUUAAUGUUGAUGGUGUGGAGAGCCGUGGCACGAGUACAGCUCUUCGAAGAUUUAUGGACGUGGACCAAGCUGUGUUCCUGUGGAGGAGGCAUUCUGUUCGCCCUGUCGGAUUCUCUCAUCGGGAUAACCAUGUUUUACACGCCCGUACCUCAUGCCGGCACCGUCAUAAUGGUGGCCUACUACGCCGGACAACUGGGAAUCGCUCUGUCUGCCGUGGACAGUUCGGAAAUGGCCGCGGUCAGUCUGGCGCAUGAAAACACCAAUUCCACCGGUUGUCAUUCGGCCAGAGACGAAACCUCAUUCGGAAGAAUUUCUUCCAAACGAAAGAUUCACUCGAUUUCUCCUUUGUCUAGAGACCAUCACGAUAAAAUGAAAAGGAAUUGACUUUCCCGCCCAAGGUUUAGCAAUUUUCUUCGGUUCCCUUUAAAGAUUUGUCGGGCGCAUAUCGAAAAUAGGAUGAGGUCAUAACCUUGGUUUUAAGCAGUGUUAAACUCCGUUCCGAGCAAGUAAAAAUCGCUGCAAAAUACGAAUUGCCUACGACGACUGCAAAUGAAAAGGGUCGUUUUCCCAUCGAAAGGCUACGAAAUUGGCGUCCUGUUAACCCAGCGCGGGACUGAUGCUGCAGCUUCGAAAAGAGGACAGAUGUGACUCGGAUUCCAGUUUUCCUGUGCAAGAGGGGAUGUACUGUACAGUACCGUAAAUCUGGUGACCGACGAACGACAAGUGUAGUCUGCUUUCCUCCGGACUCGGAAAUUUCAAUAAACAGUAAAAUAGCCUUACAUAUCCAGUUUCGACUAAAAAUGCCGAUUGGUUAAUUUAUCUCGGAAAAUAAAAAUAAUAAUGUUUCGUAAAUUUCGUAAUAAUAAUGCUGUUAUUAAGGUCAAAGUGCGCGAAAUUCGAUUAUAACGCUAAUACUUCUCUAACGGGUAAGUACCUUUUAUUUUAUUAAGUUCGAUAAAUAAGAUACGAAUACUGGUGUAUAGUCGAAGUAUAACCUUAAAUACGUGUUCGAGAUUAAACUUUACAGAACUGGGACCGCCGCAAACUAGGCAAGGCCUUGGCUUUCCACAGACGCUAAUUGACUAGGAAGGGCGGAGCUUAGACGAAUCCCGAGUAUCGUCGAACCACGUGCCAAGUUUGCCACUUUGACUGACCCCGUGAAACAGAUUAAGGCAAUAUCUAAGCAAAUUCUUAUGAUCGCCAGUCACUCUAGGAAAUUGCAUUUUUUAGGCGGCCAUAGACCACGCUGGUGCGCAUUUGAAAGUUUGCCAGGAAGGAGCGUGCGCUCUAGGCCACAAAGAAUGCGCGCGUUUGUGCUUCCAGUUUUGGCCACAUUUUGGCUACGCCGAAAUUACGAAACAACUAUUUGAUAGAUUUUCAUAGAAGUAAGAAUAUAAAUUAUUUCAUUGAUUUUAUCGAAAUUUAUAAAUCUAUCGGGUGCCCGAUUUCGUAUUUUUGUUAAGUAUCUGACAAAUAGACUAUGAAUGGAAGCAGCUGAAGAUAACAGACAUCGGCUUUGACUGUUUCCAUUUGUUGAUGCGAGUCGUCCUCAUUUUACAAAACAAACUACCGAGCAUUAGUUCGUAGAGGGGUAGAUAAAAUGUUUGUUGGUUCUGUAGAAGUACAGUACGUCACGAGUGAUAUCACAGGAGGAGAAUCUUCCUGACCUAACGCGCUAGAUAAUCUAGGUAUGCUCAUUCGCCAUGUUGGUCCUUACAAAGCAGACGACUCUCAUAGAAGUUCAAUAGAAGCGACAAGAAAAUAAUCAUAAAUUCAACUGUAUCUUAAGAUUUUGCAAGGUCGAAAUGAUAAACUUUGCCAAAAAUUAAUGCAACUACAGUUAUAAAAUACAGCCAAAUUUUAAAACAAGUAUAAUUUAGAUCGGAAAAAAAAAUUACACGCGAAAAAAAAUUAACGCAAGAUCAAUUGGAAAAACCAAGUGCAACAGUAACUUAGCAAAUUUGGCGCGUGUAAAAUGUAUUUAUCACAAAUUAAUUAAAGUUAAUUUGUAAUUUGACAAAUACAUUUUAUUAAUAAUAAAUAUAAAUAAAUAAAUUUUAAUUUGAAUCAGGGAUCUAAUUCGAAUCUCAAACAGUCAAGGGAAGCACCAGUCUUUGCUUUCAGUUUUUUUUUUUUUUUUCUUUUAUUAAAUACUGCUAUAUUGUCAUAUUGUGUUGUUAGAUUUUUAACCCAAAGUGUUUCUUGUGACCAGUUAGAAUAAAAGAAAACAAAAGAUAACAAAAACAAAAUCAGAUGUAAAGAAAACAUUUAUUUUGAUGCACUUUUUGUGUAGUAAGUUUUAUUUUUGGAUUUUGUAAUACAGUAACAAAAUGCUAUAUUAUUUUUUUAUCACCUCACAACAUGAAGGUAAUGUUGUCUUGCAGUAUUUCAGGACAAUAUUUACAAAUUUAUCAUCUGGGUGAUAUUUUCUUUGGAGUAAUUCAAUUUGAAUUUCUGCAUCUGCUGCCUUAACAAUAUCAGAUACAGUACUUUCAUGCUUUUUUUAAAACUCUUUUCGCCCUGUGGGCAAUAAGAGGGCCUCUUUUUGCAAGCCCAUUAUGGGUUCGGUUAGGCUCACAAUGGGGCUGCCAGGUGGUGAGGGACGGGCCCGACAUAUCUGAACGGACCACCCCCGAAAGAUUCUUGGGGAUUUUUCGACCCGUUCGGAUUCGAACCCGGGUCACCCAGAGCGGUAGGUUGCCACCUUGACCGCGCGGCCAUCAGGCCAGUACUUUCAUGCUGGGAUAUAUUAACUCCCCAUAUGAUAUAUAUUCCAAAAGCUUCCUAUCUUGUCCUGCUUUAGUUAGAUCAUCUACAUUUCAUAUCAUUACUGUUUGGUAGCCACCACAAACUAAUUUCAUCAGGGUGGACACAACUUAAGUUGAAAAUUCGAGUUUUUUUGUUUCAACAUUUGCAAUUUUUUCUCUAGUCUCUAUAAGCGCUGUUGUAGCUUUUUAUGUGCAUCAGUUGUAAAACUGUUUUUUGUUGUAUCGAUAAAAUUAUCUAAAGAAAACAAAAAUAUAUUAGUUAUUAAGUUGCAAUUUGAGUUUUUAGUUACAUGCUACAGUACAUACCCGUUUGGUCCAAAUUAGUUGAUGGAUGUACAGUACUGUAUGUCAUCAGAAUUAGGAAAAUUUUCUUUGGAUAUAUGAAGCCUAUUAUCUACAGUAUUGCUCUUGCAAGUUAGAACUGUUAGUUUUGAUGCCGUGUGUAAAUGGCUUUUUGACUGUACGUGGCUCUUCUUUUGUUUUAAUUUCUUCCACUCCUACUGUAAUUCUGCUUUCUUCAUAGACCUGGAUUGAUAAACAAGCAUAAAUUGUAUUUAAAAGUUGAUUAUAUGUUGUAUAUUAGUAUGAGGACAUUGCAUAAAUUAUGCAGUAGACACAAGAUUAUUUAAAAGUAGUUUGAAAAAUUAACAGAAACCUAUUUUUAAGUUUCAUUGCUAAGAACAGAAACACACACCUUUAAACGUUUAACACAUGAUACUUGAUUUUGAUUGCUAUUUCCAAAUAGUGUUGGAACAGCAUCAGGUCUUAACUUUCUCUUCCCAUCCACACUAUAUUUUCAAAUUACUCCUUGGUAAAAUGGAUCUACAUUAAAUUGAUAAUAAAAUAAGGAAUUAAAAUACCUUAACUAAAAUAUCAUUCUUCUAAAAACAUUAAAAUAUCAAGCUUUUUGUAGAUAAAAAUUCUCCAGCUUUAUGAAACAUCUUUAGAGUAAACAUGCGCUGACAAAUCUUUGGUUACAAAUUAAUACUUGCAGAUACUAGUAAGUGUGUAUUAACAAAUAAACAGCUUAUUCUCAGAAGUUAAAAAUAUUCUUAACUUCUGAAUUUCAUUUAUAUCCAUUUUAAUAUCGUCUGCUAACCUGAGGUCCAAUAAGAAAAACCAAAUCUGUUAAAAUGUUAAAUUUAAGUGCUCACCUCACACAAACGAGAAGACGAUGUUGGUUGCCACUUAUCCCGCCUUGUUUUAACAACCCAAACCUUCUAUUUUGAUCGGCAGAGAAUCGAAACAUUCGGUAACCUUUUCCAUCACUGUUCGCACAAUUUGGAGUCGAACAACACGGCAUUUUGUUAAUUUUCUAUGCUAUGCGAACAGGCGAUGCUAAGCUAGCAAGCUGUCACCUUGGAUAUGACGUCAAAAGGACCAAUAUGGCUGCACACGUGGCGGAAGCGUGUGAGCAUACCUGGGUAAUCUAGGGCCUUAGCCUGCCCGGCGAUGCAAAACAGUCACGUGAGUAUAAAAAUUUCCUCUGACGUCACGGCAUAAUCUAGUUUGCGGAGGCUCAGAGAUUGGAUGCGUUCUUAUAUUCCUCCGCAUAACUCCGCGCCGGCGGCAUCUGUUUAAAAAUUCCUGCGGAACGCAUUCCUACAUUCUGGUCGUAGUGCGCGCUGUCGAACGACAAAAACGGCCGUUUGUAGUAAUUUACAGUGGAAAGCAACAUCGCGUCCUCUGUGGCACAGAUAGUUUCGUUUCGGAGUCCGUUAUGUGGUUUUACUGUAUUAAUGAAAAUUUAGAAGUUGUGAAAGCGCAAGUUAGUGCACGCGGUGAUAUGUCUUCUCGAUAUUUUUCCAAUCGGAAAGUAACUGUUUUGACUGGAGGAGAAAAGAAUUUUAAGUCAAAUGAAAAUAUCGAUAUGUAUGGAAAGAAUGGACGGAACUUGAUGAAGUUUGAUAAUCGGUCGGGAAAAAAUGGCAGAUGGCGAGGAUAUUCGUAUUUUGUCUGGAUGAGGCAUACGUCUUUAGUUUUUUAGUAAAAUGUUAAUUAGGAUAGACAGUGUUGUAAUUCCAGUAUAGCAAGUUGUUAAGCCGUUCGUUCGCUCGUUUACUUAACGGCUUGUUUCUACCUAGCCUUGAUAUAUACUGUAUAUAAUAUAUUAGUAGGUAGAUAGGCCUAAGCUAAUCAGAACAGAAAACUAGAUGACGUUUGUUUUCUGCCUGGAUGGUUCAGUUUUACCGGAGAGGUCAAGAGUGCCGCUGGAGUUUAUCGGGUAUGUUCCUUUGGUGUAGAAAGGGAAGUCGACAGCUAGGAUUCUCUUUUCGUUCGGCAGUGACUUCAAUGACGGACAGUACAAACUAAACCAUUAAGUGUGCCAGACAAAUUUUUACAGAAGACGGUUUUGCUUAUACUGUAUUUCGUUGGUAAGAUAUGGGUAUUCCUGUGCCAUCAACUAGCACUAGUGUACUGUAGCUAUCUCCUGAAAUCCAAUAGAGAAAUAGCUAAUCGUG